AUGAAUGCGGCUGCAACAAAGCCGCUGCCGGGAAUCGCUACUCUGAAGGCGGGAUUCUGGACCUCGCGCGACGUAGACGCCGUGACUAACUUCAACCCGACGAGGAGGAGGAACAAGGGCGAAGGUCGCUGUUUGAGGAUCAAGGCUAUGGAAGACUCGCCGGCGAGCUCGAACCAAGCGGGGAGGGUUGCUGACCAUAAGGAGUCGUGUUUGGAUGCUGUAUCGGUUAACGGGCACGCUCACGCCGGGAAUAAUCGCGGCCCACUAUCUACUGUUGGGAAUUCAACAAACAUCAAGUGGCACGAUUGCCCUGUUGACAAAAAUGGAAGGCAAAGGUUGCUGAAUCAGAAAGGUUGUGUCAUAUGGAUCACGGGUCUCAGUGGUUCAGGAAAGAGCACUGUGGCUUGUGCAUUGAGUCAACUCUUGUAUCAAAGAGGGAAGUUGUCUUACAUUCUUGAUGGAGAUAAUGUAAGACACGGUCUAAACCGUGAUCUUAGUUUUAAGGCAGAAGAUCGUGCAGAGAACAUCCGCCGAGUUGGUGAGGUAGCUAAGUUGUUUGCUGAUUCUGGAGUAAUUUGCAUUGCAUGCCUGAUCUCUCCCUACAGAACGGAUCGGGAUUCCUGUCGUGCUAUGUUACCAACUGGAGAUUUUAUUGAGGUGUUCAUGGAUGUUCCACUCCAAGUUUGUGAAGCCAGAGACCCAAAGGGAUUAUAUAAGCUUGCUCGUGCUGGGAAAAUAAAGGGCUUUACUGGUAUUGAUGACCCAUAUGAACCACCAAAAGAUUGUGAGAUUGCACUGAAAUGCGAGUUGGGUGACUGUGCUUCACCGCAACAGAUGGCAGAUAAAGUCGUUAAUUUCUUGGAGGCAAAGGGAUACCUCCAGGCAUGA